GACUCGAAGGACAGAUCCAAGUACACUUGCAGAAAAAAGCCGGAGUCAAACAUUAAUCUGAAGCCCAGCAACAGGAGGAAAGCAGCUGACUGCACUUCACUACCUCGAGUUGGGAAUCAGUGACUAGAUGGAGAAGGCAAAAGGCUUCAAAGGGAACCUUUUCUUCCUCUUCAUCGCUACGUUCAUCUUCAUCUUCAUCCUCAGCCUGAAAACACCCAGGACGUACAGGUCGACCCCGCAGCCACGUUGGGCUCCAACCCCUGCCACCUGCCCCCUCGUCUCCAAUACAACCAUCACCCCACUCCAAAACACCCAACACUUCCUGGUGUCGGCCUACAUGGACCAGAGAGUGGACGGUUUGGACGUACGCAUCAUUGGCAUAUUUAGAAGAGACUCCAUCCAACCACUUCAAUGCUUCUUCAACUGUGGAAGCCGCUGCAACAACAGCGCAUUUUUGACAUCUCCGACGACAGUUUUGCAGCACUCGGACAACUUUGGCUUUCCCUUUGUCACCACAGAUGCCAUGUGUUCGAUUCCUAAAGACUGUCACCCUACCCAUGUCACUCUUCUGACUCAACCGCACACACUGAGAGGGUCCGACCUGAGCUGGCUUCCUAUAAGAAACCAGAAGACCAACGGCAAAGAGACGAGGUUCAAGUUUAACUUCACAGUCUGCGUCUCCAACCUGUUUGGAGACUACAACAAUGUGCUGCAGGUUGCACAGGCUCUGGAGAUGUACAGGUUGCUGGGUGUGGACAGAGUGGUGAUCUAUAACACCAGCAGCGGCCCAGAACUCAGCCGCCUGUUGCACAGUUACAGCCAGGAGGGCUUCUUGGAAAUAGUUUCCUGGCCCAUCGACAAGCAUCUGAAUCCGUCUCGCGGCUGGCUCUUCUCGCAGUUCGGAGGAGACCUGCACUACUUCGGCCAGCUGACCACGCUCAAUGAGUGCAUCUACAGAUCCAUGGAGCGCUCACGCUACGUCCUGCUGAACGACAUAGAUGAGAUCAUAAUGCCAUACCAGCACAACGACCUGAUGUCGAUGAUGAACACGCUGCAACGACAGCAGCCAAAUACCGGGGUGUUCCUCAUUGAGAACCACAUCUUCCCCAAGAAACACUUUGAGCCAAGUGGAAGGUUUCACCUGCCUCAGUGGAACGGGGUGCCGGGAGUUAAUAUUCUGGAGCACGUCUACAGGGAAGACCCCGACAGAAACAUAUACCAUCCGCACAAGAUGAUAGUUCAGCCAAGGAUGGUGGAGCAGACUUCGGUACAUGAAGUGCUCAAGCAUUUUGGAGAGCGGUACAAAGUCCCACUAGAAGUUUGUCGGAUCAUUCACGUCCGCGUGGCUCUGCGGGGGCCUUUACCGCUGGAGCAGCUUCACGAAGACAAACGCUUGUGGGAUUUUCACGAAAAACUGAUUCCAAAUGUGGACGGGGCGCUGCAGAGAGCGGGGCUGCUGCGCUCGGAGAGGGAGAGCUGACAGGCUCAGAUGGACGCCCACUGAGCAGGUUGAAUGUGAACGCUCAGCGGCGCACACAUUUCUGAUUGUUUAUUACUGUAAUUCUCAUUGUUGUCUUAUUUUGCACUUAAGAGCCCCCACAAGGCCUGCACUGAGCUGAAUGCUGCUCGUAUUUUAAUGAGUGUACUUUUGCCAAACUGUGGAGGUUGUUGUGAUGGGAACCCUCCAUCUUGACCUUCACACUGGUGUUUUGAAUACUCAAAUGAAUGACACACUGUCCGCACCCUCUCACACCAGGCUGGCUGCCCUCAACUUUCAGGCUGUUUGUAGCACUGCUGUAUAGUCUUUCCCAUACAAGCAGAAGCACUGUUUUAACCAACUUUGAACACAUUCUAAUGAGCAUUUACAAACGUGACUGAGUUUACUGUCAUGUUCAUAGUUGAGACUCAGCAGUGCCUUAAGCUGAGCCCUAACAUCAGCAUUUCUCGCAUGCUGACUGUGCCGAUGCUAAGAGUCUACUGUGUAGCUGCUGAAAUGUUUGCCAUAAUCCAAUCCCAGUCUCCUCCUUAAGGCUUGAGCACUAAACCCUCAUACAUAACUGGCAUUUCAGCUGCAGUUCAUGAGGGCUGAAAUGGUUCCAAGAUAACAGUCAUAAUGACAGUUCAUUGUUUCCACAAUAGUGCCUCCCAUUUGUCUUAAAGUGAACAGACUAGAGGUCCGUUAUUGUUUAUUUUAUUUGAUCAGCUGCUCAGUUGUUCUCUGCACUGUUUGUGACAGUACAGUGUGGAUGCAUUUUAGCAUAUUAUUAAUGAUCAUCACGAACAGUUGGCUGAAAAUACAAACAACGAUACCAAUAUGCAACAAAUAACCUCAACAGCAGCUAGAUGCUGACACAAAGAUUUCCAAGUGGAUUUCUUCCCUGCACCAGUCACGCUUGGUUUGGGUACAUUUUGGUGGGAGUGAAGGACAACCAGCAGCGUCCCUCUGGAGAGUCUGCAGAUAUGCUUUCUUUUUUCUUUUUUUUUUUUUAGAAAGGACUCAUAAUUGCAUAAUUGAGCCCUUAAGCACAGUUUAACGGUGGCACAGCCCGAGCAUGAAAUGUAGUAAAGUACAGUAGCUUGUGUCUUUGUUGUGUAUUUGACACACUGAAGCUUUGACUGUAUGGUGGCACAAAUCAGGGAAUCAUUAAAAGUUUACACGGUUUGA